AUGAAGCUCAAGAUAAUAGAAACUUUCCUCCGCGUGUGGCCGCAGUGGGCCACCUGUCUGACAGUGUCCCUGAUGUCUGUCAGUAUGGGACUGAUGAUCGGUUGGACGUCGCCUUACGUCGCUCAGCUGACCCAAGAAGACUCGCUCUUGUACAUAUCGGACGAAGAGGCGUCAUGGGUGGUCUCCCUGCUACCCCUUGGCCGCAUAUUCGGUGCCACCGCUGGUUCCCUCGCCAUGGAAUAUUACGGUAGCAAAAGAUCUCUGUUAACAUCGGGAAUUCCCAUGAUGCUCAGCUGGAUCUGCAUGAUCUUCGCCGAUACGGCUUUCUGGCUUUACGUGUCUAGAAUCAGUGCGGGUUUCUCCUUUGGCAUGUUCUACAGCUGCUUCGCCCUUUACAUGGGCGAAAUAGCAGCGGCAAACAUUCGUGGCGCGCUGGUCAGUACCAUAGUAAACGGGAUGCCGCUUGGAACCUUGAUCGGCAACAUAAUGGGCAGCCAUGUGUCGAUGAUGUGCUUCGGACUCGUGAGUCUAGCUCUGACUAUUUCCUUCAUGACGAUCUUCCCGUUGCUACCUCAGUCGCCGCAUUAUUACGUGCGGCACAACCACGCGAUGGAGGCGAAGAAAACGAUUCAGUGGUAUCAUCGGAAGUCGAACGUGAACGUGGAAUUGGAAGUGAUCGAGGAUUUCGUCCGAUGCUCCGCGUCCACCAGCAUCCGUGACAAACUUUGCCAGAUCACGGAGAAGAAGAACCGACGCGGCUUCUCCAUAAUCAUUUUGCUGUUCAUUUUCAUGCAACUCAGCGGGCUAAACACUGUCAUGUUCUACAUGGAAAUUAUCGUCAGAAACGCGAAAGUAACGUCGUUGGAACCGGCCACCGUUGUGAUCCUUUCCAGUGGAAUCGGUAUAAUGGUCGGCUGGAUCAGCGUGUACCUGAUCGAUCGGUGCGGCAGAAGGGUUCUCAUGGCGGUGUCAUGCGGCUGCGUAAUCAUGGGAAUGGUACUUCUGGGAUUACACUUUAUGCUAUUGGACCAAAAUUUCGAUCCAAAGUGUCUGGAAUGGCUGCCGAUUGUGGCGAUGAUACUUUUCAUGAUGAUGUCGAUAGGUCUGGUGCCGGUGCCUAGUACCAUACUCAGCGAACUUUUCCCAGACGAUUUAAAGAGCAUCGCCGGAUUCACCGCCAGUAUCACGUCCGCGUUAUUCGCGUUCAUUUGCAGCAGAACCUACCAGCCACUCGUCGAUCUCAUGUCGGAAAAAUACGUUUUCUGGAUGUACGCGAUGGUCAUGACUAUAUGCCUGGUGUACACGAUCGCGGAGAUACCGGAGACCAAAGGGAAGACCCUGCAGGAAAUACAAGAGAUGCUGGCCAGGGAGUGUGAAAAAGGAGAAAGAAGUUCGGAGAUAACAAGGACGAUACGAUAGCGGAUUGUAUCGGAAUAAAGCACGAUGUAAAGAGUCGACGAUCACAACCGUGAAAAAUAA